AACAAAAGGCAUUGCAGUUUCCUAGCUAGCUACACCCAACAGGGGCCUGUUGGUUCCAAAUUUCAUGGUGCUUUCCUGUCAUGUGGACGCUUGUCUACAAGGAACAAAACUGGGACCAACUCCUUUCACGCAGGCCACCAAGUAGCCGAAAGAGAAUAACAAGUUGUGGUCACUAGUGGCCGGUUCUGGAUUUAAAUCAGCGACCCAAGAUGAAGAGCUCUGCCAAUCACCUGAGCCAUGUAGUUGUCUGAGGAUGAGCGUGUUAUGCCCUGAGUUGUAUUUUCACCUCCGUUUCUGAUUUACUGUACUAUGAAUGAAUAUCGUACCCUGCGUACUUUAUGGGCUUCUGGUAGAAGUUCAGCUGCUGCUGAUUUAGAAUUUCUGAGGCUCCAUCAGAAAAACUAAUAAGAGGGGGAAAAAAAAGAUCAUCAUCAAACAUCAAUACCAAGAAUAUGAAACCAAACCUCUAAAGCUUCCUGGUUGUGAAGCAAAAGAAGGAGCCUGUGUUUCAACCACACUGCCAGCAGGUGGACUCUGAAAGAUCUUAUAGACCUCGCACUUCCUGUGGAGACAGCCAGAAGAACAAAGCCAGUGGAGGUGCCUUUUCUCCUCACCAUCCCACUACCUGUUAACUUGCGGCCUCCAGCCCCUCAGUGCAAUCCAGGGGAGCAAGAUGAAGUGGAAGGGGAUUGUUAUCUCUGCUGUCCUGCAGGCACAGCUCCCAAUUACAGAUGCUGCACCGGUUCCAGGACUGACAGACCCGAGACUGUGCUACAUACUGGAUGGGAUCCUCUUCAUCUAUGCAGUCAUCAUUACAGCCCUCUUUUUGAAAGCUAAGUUCAGCAAUGCUCCUGAGCCCCAAGCUCCACAGGGCCAGAACGACGUGUAUAAUAAAUUGUCUCAUACAACCAGAGAUGAAUAUGAUGUUCUGGGAACUAAAAAGAGAGGCUCUGACCUUGAAAUGGGAGGGAGAAAUCAGCAGAGAAGAAAGAAGCCUCAGGACACUGUUUACACUUCUUUGCAGAAGGACAAGAUGGGCGAGGCAUACAGUGAAAUUGGGAAGAAGGGAGAGCACCAGAGGCGGCGAGGCAAAGGGAAUGAUGGCCUCUUUCAGGGACUCAGCUCUGCAACCAAGGACACAUAUGAUGCCCUCCAGAUGCAGUCACUGCCCUCUCACUAAGUGGCAUUCAUGCAGUGGAUGGACAAGACUGAGAAGUCCACAUGUUAUGGGGGAGGAGAGAAGGGAAACAAUCAUCAAUCCAAAAAGGCCGUUCAGUCAAGACCCAGUUUUUCAGGACUGCAAAUUACAUGUGUGUGAAUUCAUUGCACAAAGUAGGACAAGUCUGGAUUAGUUCCCCUCCUCCCUUACUAUACAAUAUCAAGCUUAGCUUUUAAAUGUACUUAUCUGUAAAACUAUUCCUAAUGAUACUGGCUGUUUUGUACCAGCAAGUGUUGCCAGGAGACUAGGACUUUGGGUUCUCUUCCCCUCAUGAGCUGGUUUCUCUGGCUAUUUAAAAAAGCAAAACAAAAGACCCCCCCAAACUACACCCCAUUUACCCACCUCACCAGGUGGCUGAUGUUUAAUUGCUCGCUAAAGCACUUUUAAGGUCCUCGAAGGAAGGUGCUUUAGCUAUGCCCAGUAUAUCUACAGGAAGAAUAAUCUGCAUCAGCAUAACUAGGGCAGUCUAGCACUAAUAUUUUUCUGCUGUAAAUUUAGCUUUAUUUCUAAGCUGAUUUAGCUGUGGAGAGCUGUUCUUACUGUAAACGACAACACAUUCCUCGAGUGAAAGACAAAUGCUAAAAGCUGGCUGAGGAGGAAUCAGUGCUAGGCUGCAACAAGCGAUCGAUCAAGGAAAACAACAUCCCAGUGUGAACAACUCUUGCAACACAUGGAUAGCAUCCAGAAAUGCUAAUGGAAAUAUAUGAAAGCUAGGACAUCUUUACCAGCAAGGUUCCACAGUAAAAACAGGAGUGGUGCAGCAUACAGAUUUUACCACCUCCAUCCAUUAUGAUGUGAGCCAAGGGACUAGGCCUCUGUAAGGACUGACAUUUGAAAUAAUGCUGGAGAACACUGGGAAAGUUGGGAUUUAAUUAAAAGGGAAGUUUUUUUAAUAGACAAUCCAAAACUGACCUCUCUCUUCCCUCACUGUUGCUCAACCACACAAUUUUUUAAGGGAUAUUCCUUCCCCCCCUUAAAGUACAGCACCAAAGUACGUUCCUGUUAUAUAAAACAAUGCCAGCAAGUGAUGAGUAUAUUGCUUAAGAAAAGUGUACAAAAGCCAAAAGAAAUGUAAGAAUUUGUAAAUACCUUGCAGGAUAAGUUAAAGAUGAGCAAUACAGAUUCAAUACAAAGGUGAUGGUGGCUCAGCAAUUCAGACGGUAUUUGGUAAGGUAAUAAAAUUGAUGGGGAAGCCA